AUAUGUUACAUUAUUUUUGGAACAUGAAGCAGCGAAAAGUUGGGGGUGACGGGUUGCACAUAAUAGUUUGUAAUUAGUUUGUGGGAGGACAAUCUUUCUUAAGUACAUUACAAUUUGCAUAUUUAUCACAAUAAUCUUCCCUGUCCUCUAAUUCACGAUAUGUAAGAAAUGAAUUGUACGGAUAAGCAAAGUGCUCAUCUAGAUAAGAUACAAGACAAAGGUGUUUUUGGGCAGCAAGUUGGUUGGCAGCUUCAUCCGGAGUAAGGGUUGGCGUUGAAUCUUUUGCAAAUGUUAACCAAGGAAACAUCAUAGCCAACACAAAGACCAUGAUAGUGUUGAUUCUGGAAGAGAGGUGCAGCGCUAUUAACUACCAAUUGGGCGGCAGAAUCUCAACGACCAUUUGCAGGGCGGCGAUGCCAACGCUCAUGUACUGCUGCAACAAUAGAUCGUGAGUUUUUUUGCCGCAGGUGCAGCUCUAAACAGUACACAGGGAAUCCUCGCUCAGAUAGAGUCUUAUACUCUAAACCAGACCUGAAAUUCAGUUCUAAUUUGGCAAAACCGUGGUCUGGCCAUCAUCCCAGGAACAUUUCAAAGCCUCAACACAUCAGGGCUUGGCAAGAGGAAGAUCGGGUCUGCAAAACAAAGAUGAAAGAUCGGUUAUUGGUAGGGCAUGGUACGAAAAAAAUAAAUUCAAAUUCUUCUGCAUUUAUGGCAGUUAACAUCGAAAGUAAAGCUUUCAAAUUUGAAUUGACACCUUCCUAUCUGUGUAUCACUCAAAUUAAGGACAAUCAUUGUCGAUCUAUUUCACUAGAUGAGGAAGGAAUUAUUUGGUUGUGUAAUGCAUUCCUUCAGAUUCAAUCCGAAGCUUCUUGGGCUUUCACGAGGUAUGAGAAUUCCCGUAAAAUUCAUCUCACUUUUGAAGAAAAUCAUUUUGGAGGUUUCAUGCGUUUGGUUGAUAUGAACAAUGAGGGGAGAACAACUAUAAUUAUUCCUGAAGGAUGGAAGGGUGAUGGAUUUAAACGCUUUUCUGAAGCAUUGUUUGACCAACAAAAUAAGAUGAGGGCACUUAAAAUGAGACACUUGAAGAUACCUCUUGAGGAUUUAGGGAUUUCUAAUUCGAUGGAAUAUCGUUUUGAUUCGGUUGAUUCUUCUUUAGAGAGCUCUAUUUCAUCGCUUCUUUUUAAUGAGGAUUUGAAGCAUCUUAUGGGGACUAUAGGGGUCAUAGGGAAAGGUGUGGGAGAGUCCUCUAAUGAGGCGAUUGUGGAAUCGAAUGGUAAAAGCGAGCAGGAUAUUCGCAAUGAGGGGGCGGUCAUAGACUAUAUUCCUCUCCAGGAGUCCAUUCAAGGGAGUUUCGAUACUACAACAGAGGGGAAUGAUGGUGUUUUGGACAUUACUCCUAUUCAAGUUUCCUUACCAUCUCAAGACAUUGCACCAUCAAUUGAAGGUGGGUUCGAGUCUUCUGAGCCUCAUGAGUUGGGAGAUGAUCAUGAUGACACUCCUAUAUGUAGAUUACUUACUGAUCGGGAGCUUUUGGACCGUCUUCUUGAGCCAGAAAUUCCUUUUACGGGUUUUCAAGUAUUUCCUAGGAGGAGUGCUCGCAUUAAGGAAAAGAGAAAUCAGCAGUAAGAUCUUUUACUUGGAGAAGGCAGCCAUUUUGAUUGGGAUAUCACCGACUGGAGUAGGCGGACAUUUUGAUUUGGAAAUCACCGACCGGAAUAGGCGGGCUUUCCUACUUUAUUUCUUUCCUUAAGUUUUUUUCUUCUUUUCACUAGCUUUUCUUUUCAAUAACUUCCUUCUUUCAUUAGCGC